UAUGUCUCUUUCCCAUGUAUAAAUGGAAAAAGACAAUUCAUUUAGUGCUUACAGCCAGAGGCAUAUCAAUAGAAUCCAACAUUAUGGUAUAUUAAGUACAGUGGUGAAUAAAAGUUUCAGAAUUUUCUGUAUUUCUACAAAAUUUGACUUGAAUUGGAUAUUCAUCGUGUUUUCUAGAAAAAGAAAGUCAAAUUAAAUAUAAUACAUUAAAAAAGAAAAAAAAAGAAAAAAAGAAAUUAACCAAAAUGAAAACAAUUGAAUAUUUUUGUUGGAGAAAUGGAGUCUGUGAGUAUAAUGCUGUGAACAGCCCUUUAAUGAUGACCUCCUUAUGGGUGUUUCACCACACAGUGGCACCAUUUUGAAGGCAACAGCUGAGAAUGACUGUGCUGAGAUGAUAACAUGGGCUAAAUAUAACUCUGAGCUCAGGGAAGACCGUCCUCACAUCUCAUGAGUGAUAUUUAGUUUAACAAAAUUCUAAAUAAUCUUCCAGAUUUGAGCCACAUCUGUUUUGAUGAUCUAUUCAGGGAUCGGAUUAUUAUAUUAUGUUUUAUGGGACAUAUUUUUCAUGCAACAUACAAUCUCUGGCACUGCUAUGUUGAAACGCGUUAGAUAUGACUGAUGUCGAGGUGACAUAUGAAGACUUCAUCGCCUCUGGAAGGACCGGCAGACGCAAUGCUGUACACGACAUCCUGGGAACCUCUGGCGGCCUGGACGCUAGCGGACUCUCCCAAACUCUGUCUGAGCUCAAUAUCAGCAAAGCAGAGGCAGGAAAUGAUGAAGAGAAAAGCCAGAGUUUGGCAGACUCCGAACCCAAGCAGGAAGAAGGCAAAGGGGAAGGUACAUAACAGACUUCAGUGACAGAAUCAGGAAAUACCCCCUCUAGUGGCUGAUUUUAAAACUGAGCAUGGAGGGGUUGACACUGAAAGUAGCGGAGCAUCCAUCUCCCUUUAGGAUCCGGAUGGAGGAGACUUGGCUUUGAGGAAGCUACUGUGAAAGGCUGGGCCUUAAGAAUCACGGUGCUGCUGUUUUUCGACAGCGAGCGCUACUUUAGCUGAUGUAGGUAUGAUUUUUACUUAGAAAUUCACUUUAGUUGUUUGCUACUUAGAGCGACUGGUGGGAAUUUGGGUCAGAAGUAAUGACAUUAGAAUGGCGAAGAUGCUCUUGGGAGAUCACAUGGAUCUUAUUUGGAACGACACCCACUGAACUCUUGAUUAACUGCCAGAGUAGCGCAGCUAAUACGCACUCAAUGUUCAGUCAUUUUAUAGGUGUAGUGAUGUAAUAGUAAUAUCAAAUUUUGAUAUUAAAUUGUGCUGUCUUUGAUAUCACGUUGAUAUUCACAUAAUAUAAGUGCUGCACUUUUGUUGAACACUCACUGAGUUCAGAUUAAACUGUCUAUGAUGGUCUUGCAUGGCACUGCUCCUGACGGAAUACCUGUGUGUAACUGUUCACAUCCCGCAAAGGACUAAUCAUUUGUGAUCCGAACAUUCGCAGCGUGUGGUGAUGCUAAUUCCUUGAGUGUUUUAUGAUGAUAAUUCUUCUUGUGUUAUGAAAUCUAGCGUGAUUUGAAGUCUGGCUGACACUGCCUAAUAACCCUUUUGAAAAUGUGUUCAAUAGAGCUUGCCUUAUCAAACCUCUGCCCAUAUUUUGUCUUCCAAUCAUUAGCUCUACGUCCUCAAUUUUGCAUAAAUAUAUUUGAUGAUAUUUUCAUCUGUGGGUACGUAAAUAUUUGAAUAAAUUCAAGCAGUCUUUGGGGAAAAUGUGAUGUU